AUGUUUACAGGUAUAGUCGAAUUAAUCGGUACUGUCCAAGAAUACAACGAAUUUGAUGAAUCCUCAUCUGGUGGUCAAGGGGUUUCCGUUGUCAUCAAGGAUGCUGCUCCCAUCUUAAAAGACUGUCAUAUUGGUGACUCAAUUGCCAUCAAUGGUAUUUGCUUAACUGUUACUGAGUUUGAUGUUGAAGCUGGUACUUUUAAAGUCGGUAUUUCUCUUGAAACGAUAAAGAGAACAAAUGUGUCUAGCUGGAAACCUAACAGUAAAGUUAACUUAGAAAGGGCUGUUUCGCAAGACGUAAGAUUUGGUGGUCAUUAUGUACAAGGGCAUGUUGACACAGUGGCCUCUAUUGUAGGAAUUGAACCCGAAGGUAAUGCCGUAAACUACAGUUUCCAAUUAAAUCAAACUAAUGAUGAUAAAAAAUAUAUGAACUAUAUUGUAGAAAAGGGAUUUAUUUGUAUAGAUGGGACCUCAUUGACCGUUGUUAGCGUUGACGAUAACAACGCUAUCUUCUCCAUAAGUAUGAUCAAGCAUACUCAAGAAAAUGUCAUAAUGCCAUUGAAGGGACUGGGAGAUUUAGUAAACAUUGAAGUUGAUUUAACAGGAAAAAUCAUUGAAAAGCAAAUAUUAAUGGCCGUUGAAAAUCAAAUUGAAAAGGAAGAUAGUUUAUUGAGCAAGAUGAUCACUAAGAUCGUUGAUAAACGCAUUCAAAAGUAUUUAAAGUGA